GCGGGGGACCGGGAGCACUUCCGGGGCAGGGGUGGCGGCGGUGGCGCCCGCAAGAUGGCGCGGCGGCGGCAGGCAGCGGAGCGCGUGGGGUCUGUCGCCCCGGACUCCUCGGAGGACGAGGCCCCGGAGGAAGUGGCCUUUGGAGUGGCGAAGGAGGCGGCUGAGGUCGAACGGAAGCUCGUGGGGGAGGCGGCCCGGAGGCACAAGGAGCUGUUGAAGGAGAAGCGGCGGCGGCGCCAGGAGCUAUUCACGGAGCAGAAGAAACGGAAGCGUCUCCCCGAGGCCGUUCUGCAGGAGCUGGCUGCCGCACCGCCCGCACGACCCGCCGAGCCGGCUGCGGCAGCUAACCGAGCUAAACGCCGUGGAGGUAGAGCUGCAAAGCAGAGAAAAAGCAAAGCCCAAAAGCAGGUGAAGAAAGGCAAGCAAGGAAAGGGUAAAAGGUCAAUAGGAAACUACACAGCUGUGUGCUUAAAAGAUCAGAGUGCAACAGGCCUCCACCAGCAGCUUGCCAGAGAUUUUCUAAACACUCAGCUCUAUGGACCAGGAACCAACCGGGUCCAGGCCAAUGAGUUUUUUUCCCUUGAAAACAAGAGGAACCCAGUUAAGAAAGCUGCAGUUCAAUUUGUGGAUAAAACCUGGGGGGAAAAAAUAAAGCAGAAAGCAACAAGAUGGCUUUCAGCACAGUUCAGCAAGGGCACAUGAGACAGAAGGUGCUGCUAAGGAGCCUCUCAACGCAAAGAAACGAGGCCUUGUUAUUAUCCAGCUCCAGAGCAUAACACAGGGAAAACAGUCUGGCAAUGUGAAUCUCCCUUCUCCAGGAGUGGAACAGAAUUGUGUUUGCUUUUCAACAGUCACCGAGUGUUCACCAGCAAAGUGGCACACAUGUCCACAGCUAUCUGUAAGCAUUGCUGCAUUCAAAGUUUACCAGGGAUGUCCUGAUUUUCACAUCUCAUUUAAAUUACCUAUUAAUUGAUGUCUGGUUAAAUAAUUGUUUCUGCAACUGCAUAAAUGGCUGGGCUGGAUUCCUCCACUUCGUCAGCCAGCCAGCAGCAGCAAUCGUUGUCUAAGCUCCAGGCUGCACACACUGCAGUGAUCUGCCUGCCCCUUGACUGGCCAGGGACAGUCAGCACCCUAACUGUCAAGAGUAAACAGGGUUUUUUUUAAAGGGUGUGCUAGCAAUCCGAGGGUACAAAAACACAAAUACAUGUGAUUAAGUAUAAAGGAGGCAAAUAAAAGUUAAAAAGGUGGUUUUUAGACCACAACUAUGUAAAAUUACGGAGGGGUGAGAGGGGGGGUGGAAACUUCUUUUUUUCACCUGUAAAUUCCCAUUCAGAGCUGCUCUUUUGAGCGUUUCAUAUUGGCACUUUGCAUUCUCCAGUUUCAGUGACUUGGAAUUUACACUUACUGCUGAAUGCAAACAUGCCGUGAGUGCUAAAAGGACUGAGGGAAGAGGGAGAAGCCAACCCUAACCCAAGUAUGCCACACAAUGGGAUCAUCCCUCUCAAAGGUGCUUCCUUAGAAACGGAUGCUAGUUUCAAUAUCCACGAGUUAGCAAUUCUCCCUGUUCCCACACUGCCACUGGAGCACUUAAAUCAAUGGUUAAAAGAUGUACAUCUAAUAACAGCAAAACAAACACACACACACACACAAUUAAGAUUGGCGCUGAUACCCCUAAUUAGCAAGUUGGGAAGCAUUGCAAGUAAAAACAUAACCUUGUUGCCAUCACUUAAUAAAAAUGUAAGAAAUAUCACUGCA